AUGAGAGUUUCUAUUGUUGCACUAGGAAGAUCGUCUUGGAAAGGUCCAUUUGUGGUUCCUCUUCCAAUUGCCCAGGCAAAGAAAAAUGGUACUCCCAUCAGAACCAAUGCUAGGUCAUGCACAAUUCUACCACAGUUUGUUGGCCUAAAAUUUCAGAUUCAUAAUGGCAGAGACUACGUGCAGGUUGAGAUCAGUGAAGAUAUGGUUGGUUCAAAGCUAGGCGAAUUUGCACAUACCAGAAAGAGAUGGUCAUACACCCAAACUAAGAACAAAUGA